AUGGAAAAACACAUUAUCCAAGGUGUUUCUGGUGUACCAGGUGGUUAUCACUUUGGUACUAAUGCUGAUACUUCAUCUGGAUUUUUCGAGAAGAAUUUGGAAGAGAGACAACGCAGAAUGGGCAAUCUUUUUUCUUUAGUGGGUCAGAUUAACAUCAGAAUUGUUCCUACAGGGGUUCAGGAGUUGUGUGAUCAUUUUGAAUCGCUGCUUCUUAAAGAAACUAAGCUUCACGGUUUAAUUUGCAACAUAAAUGAGAGACUUAAAACUCUUGAACUGGAACUCGUGGAACAGAAGAAAAUUAAACUUAAAAGAGAUAUCUGGGAUUAUGAGAAUGGGCAGGCCUUUAUUUGGAGAUCCAAUCAAAAACCUAGAGAGUUUUCCAUACGGGCAUAUCGUUUUCUUAGAGGAAUGUUUUUUGCUAUAAAUGAAAUAAAUCAAACCCCAGAAAUAUUACCCAAUGUCACACUGGGAUUCCACAUCUUUGAUACUUGCUUCACUGAAACACGAGCAAUAGAGGUUGGUAUGUGGCUAUCAUCACGACAGGCAAACUCGAUUCCCAACUACCACUGUGUAUCCCACUCUGUAAUUCCUGCUAUCAUUGGAGAUGGACCUUCAGCAUGCUCUCUUCCUGUUGCUAGAGUCCUUGGUCUUUAUAAAUUCCCACAGAUCAGUCAUGGUUCAACUCUUCCUUCUGUCCAGGAUAAGACACAAGUUCCUUCAUUUCUUGCUAUUGUCCCAAACACUAAAUAUCAGUCUAUUGGAAUUGCCCGAAUACUGAUUCAUUUUGGCUGGAAGUGGAUUGGAAUUGUUGCCUCUGAUAAUGACUAUGGCAAUGAAGGAAGUCUCGAUCUUAAACAAGAGUUUAUCAAAGCAGGGGGCUGUGUGGCUUUUCUUGAUAUUAUCCCCAAUCAUAACUCUAUGGAAUGGACCAAAAAAAUUGCAGAAAACAUUAAAAUGUCCACAGUAACUGUGGUUGUUUUAUUUUCAACAACAGAGAAAAUCAGUCCCCUGAUAGAAGAGUUAUUUCUAUUAAAUGUUACUGGAAAAAUAUGGAUUUCAACAAUUUCUUGGCCCAGUGGUGAGGAUUUUUAUAGUACUAAGGUUCAAGAAAUUGCUAACGGCACCCUUGCAUUUAUAUACCACAGGGGUCAGAUUAAUGGAAUGAAAGAUUUUCUUCACAGCAUUAAUCCACUGUCUUCUCCAAAUGACAUUUUUAUUACAUCUUUGUGGGAAAAAGCAUUUAACUGCCAGUGGCGAGAUUCCAGACCAAUUCCAGUUACAGAACAGAUACAGAUUGUGGAAAAUAAAUCACUUUGCACAGGGAAGGAAAUGUUAAGCUCCCUUGAUAAUACUGUGUAUGAUGUCAUUAAUUUUAGAUACACAUACAAUGUCUACAAUUCAGCAUAUGCUGUGGCUCAUGCUCUCCACAGUCUUUAUUCCUGUAUCCCAUUAAGAGGACCCUUUAUUAAUGUUUCAUGUGCUAAUAUAAAAGAGAUCCAACCCUGGCAACUUUUCCAUUAUGUAAAGAAUGUACACUUUAAGAAUCGAGCUGGAGAUGAGAUAUUUUUUAAUGAAGAUGGUGAAGGGCGUGCUCGAUAUGAUAUUGUAAACUGGCAAGUGUUACCAAAUGGGACAGUGAGAAAUCCUAAUGUUGGUAUUUAUGAAUCUCGUACACCAGGCCAUCAUGAAGUUUCUAUAGAUGAAAGUGCUAUUUUGUGGAAUACUGCACACUCAGAGGUCCCCAAGUCUGUCUGUAGUGAGAGCUGCCCAACUGGACACAGAAAAGCUGCUCGUCGAGGGGAACCAGUAUGUUGCUAUGACUGUGCUCCCUGUUCUAAAGGAGAGAUCUCCAAUCAAACUGAUUCCAUGGAGUGCAAUAUGUGCCCUGAAAUGUACUGGUCUGAUGAGAAGCAUGAGAAAUGCAUUCACAAAACAAUUGAAUUCCUGUCCUAUGAAGAAGCACUUGGCAUCAUAUUAUGUACUGUCUCUAUGUUUAUUUGCCUGCUCUCUGGCUUUGUACUGUGUGUUUUUAUUAGGUAUCGUGAUACGCCCAUUGUGAAAGCAAACAAUCGUGAACUCAGCUACCUUAUCCUUGUGUCUCUCAUGCUUUGUUCACUUUGUUCUUUGAUAUUUAUUGGCCAUCCUGAGAAAACAACAUGCUUGUUAAGGCAAACUGCUUUUGGUUUAAUAUUUUCUUUCAGUGUUUCUUGCAUUCUGUCCAAAACCAUAACUGUUGUCAUUGCUUUUAAUGCUAAAAAUCCUAACAGCAGGUUACGUAAUUGGGUUGGACAAAGAAUCUCUAAUUCAGUAGUAAUUUUUGGCUCCUUUAUUCAAUUUCUCAUAUGCAUGUCUUGGCUUGUGUGUUCUCCUCCAUUCCCAAAACAUAAUUCUGAAGCUGAAGGUGGAAAGAUAAUCAUCGAAUGUAAUGAAGGCUCACCCACUGCAUUCUGGUAUAUGUUUGGCUAUAUGGGGGUGCUGUCGACAGUGAGCUUUAUUGUAGCUUUCAUGGCAAGAUCGUUACCAGACAGUUUCAAUGAGGCCAAGUUUAUUGCCUUCAGCAUGCUGGUGUUUGUCAGUGUAUGGCUUUCCUUUAUCCCAGCAUACCUGAGUACUAAAGGAAAGUACACGGUGGCUGUAGAAAUAUUUGCUAUUCUGUCUUCCACUUCUGGAAUUCUAAGCUGUAUUUUUUUCCCCAAAUGUUACAUGAUAUUAGUGAGGCCUGAAUUAAAUACCAGAGAACAAUUAAUGGGGAAAAGGAAUAAAAAAAAUUAAUGUCCGUCAUUGCACAGGAAGUAUUAACACUGUAAUUUACUAUGGUUUUCUGUUAUACAUUUAACAUGGAAAACUGCAUAU